AUGACUGACCGUGACACCGGUGGUGCCGUUCUGAUCGUUGGUCUUGGCCUUGUUGGCACAUUUACCGCCAUUCUGCUCUCACAGCAGGGAUAUCAAGUCCGUUGUAUUGAGAGGCGUUCCUUUUCCGAGACCCUAUCUAUGCCUGGGUUGGAGGAGAAGGUCCUAUCAAUCUCACAACCGGUGUACGGCAGAAUUCUUCAUCAGCAAGCGCGCCCCAAUAAGGUUGAGGUAAGUGACCUUCAAAAGAUAUUUUUUGAUGUGCUGCGCUGCUCGCAGCCCAAGUUGUGGACUGAAAUUCAGUUCAAUUGCUCGUUUUUUCGGUUUUCUGGACACUGCGCCAUUCUUACAAGCUCCAGCCUUCAAAUUCGGUAUUCCCUGCUGAUUGCAUGCGAUGGACAUCACUCCUCGGUAAGAACGGCGCUGGGGAUUCCAGUCCAUCGGGUUUGCACCGGAAUGCGAUAUCGGGAAAUCCAUAUCAUGGAGAAGGGCCCGAUUUUGUCGAGUCGAUACUUGCAUUUCUGGCCAAACGCAAAGGAAAAAUAUCUGCUGAUGGCCUUUGUGCAUGACGAGGCACAACUGGAGCGAGAAAAAGAGGCUCAACAUGGAUUGCAGGGGAUCAGCCUUACUCUUUUCCACGAAAAUGCAGACCCAUCCAGCAUUCCCCACGAGUUGCAAAAACAGUCUGAUUCUCAGUUAUUAGAAACCGUGCUUGCAAAACAGGUGUACUCAGUUGAACAGAAUGUCAUACUUGUCGGUGAUGCUGCCCACACGAUGCUUCCGUUUUAUGGACAGGGUCUCAACGCUGGCCUUGAAGAUGUGCGGCUGUUAUCUUUACUGCCAUGCUGGACAAACGAGCAUUUCCAGGAAUAUUCAACAAAGAGGGUUUCCGACUCAAAGGCAAUUUGUGAGAUGGCACGAAACCAUGGCUCCAGAGUUUUGAUGGCCCAACCAAGUUCGCUAUUGUCGUCCCUAGAGUACUACCUUGUCUCCUUUCAUCCCGAAUAUUCGUAUUCCGGAAUUAGGACCUUCAUUUUGAGUUUGCAGGCGACGCUUAUCAUUAACAUCUUGGUAUUGAUUUUUGGUAUCAUCAUUUAUUAUGCAAAAUUUAUGUCCUGA